AAAUAAGAACCCAGUUCGGUUUUUUCAAUCCAGAAUUUCAAUCUUGAAGAAAUUUCAAUAAAAAUCAAGAACCCAGUUCUUUUCCCAAUUUUACCUCACCAAAUUCGCUCUCAAAGAGUUGCAAAGUAGUCCAACUGAACCAAAUCUCUAGGUUGAAGCUUUUUGGACUAUUAUCAAUUAAUUUCAAUAGCACCCACUCGAAUUUGAGCACGAUUCUUUCAUAAAUUUUUAGAUCUGAAAAGCUUCUAACUCUCUCAACCUAAUUUUGGUUUGGAUAUUAAAAUCUUGACUUCACAACAAACUUAGGAGAGGUGACCACUAGAGUGGAGAGAAGAAGAGGAGAAAAUCUAGAAGAGAUGAGUAAAGAUUGUUUGGGUUAAACAUUAAAACUUUUAUUUCAAGAUGUAAAAUCCCAAAAUAUGGGCUCUUUAUGGAUACAGAACUUGGUCGGGUGAUAUACACUGUAAUUGUCCCUUCAUUUUUUCCGCCGGUCGGCACUUGUAACGUCAUCAUCCCUACUUUUGAAUUUCACAAGUCAUCAGUCCAACGCCAAGAGGCCCAAGACUACAAUUUUUUCCGGCGAGAUCGUCGUUGCGUUAAUAUCUCUGGCCUCACAAAACUCGCCAAUCCCGACGGUGUUUGCAUUUAAGUAGUUUUCGCCGUAUUUCUCGCUAAUGCAUGUCGCUAUUCUUAUAGAGAGGGAUGGGAUUAUUGCGAAGACUAGCUGGAUUUCUAGGGUUUUCAAGAGAAGAAGGGCAAGAAGCGAGAGAUGUAGAAGAUAACACCGACGGUAAUAUAGCAGCAGUAGUUGCGGCAGCUCAAGCUCAAAAUGUUCCACGCAGGGGUUUCAGUGUCCCAAUUCAAGUCCCGGUUGAGAAAGCACAAUUCGGCCCAAUCCUCUUUCCUUGUAGUUCACGCGACGGUGCCGUUCAGGGAUUGAGAUGGUAUGCCAAGCGUCUUAGGAUAGAUGAAGAUGGAGAUGUUGCAGAUGAGUUCUUUGAUGAAAUCCUAACGGAUACACCUUCAAGUGGAGAAGAGCAUCAGAGGCGAUAUCCCAAGUUCGAACUGAAGUACAGUACAAAACCUGCUAAAGUAACAACCCAGGCACUCUCAGCUGCUGGUAGAAUUCAGCAUUGUGUGGAACAUCAAGGCAGAUUGGAGUGGAUUUAAGGCAUAUACUGUGUACUUGAUGUAUUUGAGAACGGGGUUUGGCUAGAUUGCUGCAUACAGGUACUCUGCUUCAUUCUCAAGGACUAAGCUGUAUUGUGUUUACUCGGGGUGAUAUUUAUUGUCUCUGAUUUUUCUUUUGAAACUGUCCUGAUAAGAGGAAGCAAAGUUUCAUUUAUAGAGCAGCAUAAUUUUACUUGGAAAA